CUCCCCCAUUCGCAUCAUUUGUUCUCUACUUGCUCAAACUUUCUAUAAUAUCAAUAGAUCACUAUGUCAUUCGGCUGGUCAGCUGGCGAUAUUGCACAAGCGAUAUCUGUAAUUUUCAAGACGGUGAAAGCACUCGAUGAUGCUGAGGGCGCCCCGGCCGAUUUUCGCAAUACUGUAACGUUUUUCCAAAGUGUGAAUUUGACCUUACAAAGGCUUCAAUCCCUCAUAAAUACUGGAAAACGCUCUUCAUACGACGAUCAAAUACGAAAAGAAGUCGAAAUCAUCAAGCCUUCCUUGGAACGAUUUCUCGCCAUCAGUCGAACCUUCGAAAGUAGUUUAGGAGACAAAGCGACACCAGGUCGCUGGAAGCAUAUACCCAAGAAGUUACUAUGGAGAUUCAAGGACUCCAAAGCCGUAAAAAAUCUAAAGGAAGAGAUCAAAGACCACCUGCCAAUCUUGGACAAAUGGAUACUUUUCUCCAUGGUGUGAGUUAUCGUAUUCAAAUAUUCAGAUUGUCAUUUCACUAACAGCUGCAUUUCAAGCGAAAUUAUUCAGGAUUUGCCAGCGGAGCUUCAAAAACACUUCAUCGACGUUCUCAAUGACCAGAUAGUCUCGAUUCUACAGCUCCAACUCAAUCCCGUUCAUGACGAGCUGCGAAUGGUAAGAACAGAGGGAAGAGAGCAUUACAAAUAUUUGUUUUCAGAAGUUGGGCAGAGCAUUCUUAAAUUGAGUUCUCUUCAGUUGGAUAUUGCAUCACAGGGCCAUGCGACACAGCGAAAUUUUGACAAAGUCAUGUCAAAGCUUGAAAACAAAAAUUCAUAUGACGAUGUCGUUAAAGCCAUCAAUGAACAUACAACGAGUACUGUCAAAGACAUGCUCGGUAACAUUCAAGCACUACCUCAUGCCUCUUUCCAGCAAGCCAGUAUUAUUCGGGCCGGUAAUGGAAUACCCAUCCUUCCGUCUUCUCCGAAAGUAAGCUCCCAGCUCUUCGACCAAGAAGUUGGAGACACAGAGUCAUUACGAAAGGUGUAGGUGUUCAUAUAUUGUGAACGAAAAAUUUAUUCUAAUAGAUAUAUGCAGAUACUAUAUGAUACUCCUGUACGCUGGACUGAUGGCUCGUAAUAUUUUGUGAGCUAUUUAUCUUCCCUUUAAGUCAAAAUCGGCACUAACAGACUAAAGACUUCGCUUAGCUAACCUGAUGGAGCCGUCGAGGGCUCCGACCCCAUACUUCUUGCAAAAUACCACAUAACAUUUUACGAUGCGCUGGGGCGCCGUCCCAGAAUUUUACAGUAUGACACUUUCGUGAACUUUAAAGUACUAAGUAUGUGUCUAGUAUGUUAGGAUUAGACUCUAAUAGGCGCGUAGGUCUUUCAAGCAUUUCUACACGAAUCUUUCACUGGCACAGCUGGAAGAGACUGGGUGGAGCGAGGGUCAUAUCAACUCGAAAAUAAUUCAACUAAGACAGUACUAUUGGCCAAUACAUGGUCGCGAUCAGUAUUCCCUGGUUGCCGCGUAGGUAUGGCCAUGAUGGUGAGUCGGUCUAAUAGUUCACGAGACGUACCUGUUCUUGAGAACAAAUGUCCUGCAUCUGGUUGCUCCGGCACCCUCCGUAGCCAAGUCUCUUCUUUAUGGCAGAAGUGGUUCGUAAAAUCUACUUAAUUUUGAUUGUUUUUAAGCUCAUUUUAAAAGUCCACUAUGCCAGAUGGAAGUACGCGAGUCCGACAUUAAUAACGUUGAUGAGGGAAGCAAUGCUGUCUAAGAGUAAGCGAAUAUCAACACUUCUGAGGCUAUCGAGAGCGAUAUUAUUCAUUUUUCUCGACUGGUGUAUUUGACGCAGCCAAAUAGAUGUGACAGCUGCAACAGACCAGAGACUCUUGAAUGGGGAACGCAACCAGACGGAACCCGUACGCUUUGCAAUGCAUGCGCGUCAAAUUCUGUGAUGCUUAAUCGCAACGAGGUGGUGGAAGUCACCGAAAGUGAACUUCAAAUAACUCAUACCCUAGAGCCACACCCUAGACUAAACUAUCGCCAAGGGUACGUACGGGUCUGGUCCUGCUGCUGGUGCCGGGAUCCGCGGGGAAGAUUCAGGGCGUCAGGAAUGACAGUCGAAAUUUCUGGAUGUCCGGAGUGUGGUCAUAUAAGGUGUUACGUCUGCGAUGUUCAACAACUCAGGGUACGCAGGUAAAGGUAGCCAUAAUGACACAGUAAUUUCAGUUGAGUCAUUGCCCUGUUCUAUUUCUACAGGUAGGGAAGAUAUGUGACAAG